AUGAAUAAAAUUAUUUUAAAUGUGGGUGGUAUCAAGUAUGAAACCUAUCGCUCAACAUUAACAGCUCAUUCAGAAACUCUUCUCGGUACAAUGUUUCAUCCUAGAAAUCAAGCAAUGUUACAUCCAACUAAUGGUAAUGAAUAUUUUAUUGAUCGUAAUGGUUAUGCAUUUCAUUUCGUGAUGGAAUAUUAUCGAACUGGUACAGUUGUUUGGAGACCUGAAUUUGAAUCAUCAAGUGAUCAUAUCCCUUCACCUCAAAGCUCUUCAACUCCAUGUAUAACUUCCUCUUCACCUCCCACUUCUUCUCAUACUGAAAUAAAUAAUGCUACUGUUCCCACCAGAGCUGCUGCUGCGCUUGUAGCUUCUACUUCUAUUCCUCCUUAUUAUACCGGAUUUUCAAAUUCAUCAUCAUCAAAUUUAAAACCAACUAAUACGAAGAAACAAAAUUGUAAAUAUCCGCAUGUUCCUUAUAUAUCUCUACCUGAACUUGAAAAAGAAUUUGAAUAUUUUCAAAUUCCUUUCACAUCUAGAGCAUCUAUCGCUCAUAAAGCUGCUGGUGAAUUACUUGAUUCAUUCGCUUCUGCAAUUGAAGAACUUUUAUGCGCAUCAAUUGCAAAAUUAAUGGAUCGUAUAUCAAUAACAUUUUAUCGAGAUGGCUCUCCAUUAGAAUGUAUUAUAUCUUCACAAGGAAGUAAAUUAAGAGAAUUUAGUAUAAAUGGUUAUUGCAUAAUCAAUCAUUUUUAUGAAGAUAUUAAAAAAUAUUUAGAGACAAUUUUUCCCAAUGUGAAAUUUAAAUUAGAGUUUGGUAACAAUUAUAAAAGUUUAACCAUAUCCAUGAGUCAUUUAUUUACCAGAAAUACAAUUAAGAUACAUUCAAAGAUUGGCAAACUUUUAGAUUAA